AUGCCUGGUGAUCUUAACUUAAAAAAAUCCUGGAAUCCAGCCCUUGUUAAAAACCAAACCAAGGUCUGGAAAAAAGAACAAGAAACUCUUAAUGAGUUUAGAAAGAUUAAGGAACGAGAAGAAGAAUUGGAAAAAGAGCAGCAGACUCUAGGAUUGAUUGGGUUAAAGUACACGAACAAUAAUGAGUUGAGUAAAUCUGAUAAAUUAAAGUUGAACAAGCUCGAUUGGAUGUAUGAUGAUCCUACAGGAGGGACCAAGGAAGCUACUCAAGUUCCGAAACCGGUUCCAACAGUAAUAAAGACCAAUAAUAUUGAUAAAACUAAAAGGAGGCUCGAAGAGCUCGAUCCUAUGGCGAGUAUCAAGAAGAACAUGAUACAGAAACGACAGGAUAGUAGGGACAGAUCGCCAACAAGAAACAAUGAACGGUUAGAGAGUCAUAAACAUAGGCACUCCUCUUCCAGUCUGCACAGAGACAGAAAACACCGAACUGAUUCACACCAUUCCAGGCACCGAUCCAGUACUCUGAAGCAUACCUCGAGAGGAAGAGAUGCAAAAGAAGAGCCAAAAAAACCUAUAAUUCCAUACUGA